CCUUGAGCUAAAUUCACCAGAUGCUUCAUCAUCUCAUACCGUAGCGAUCCGCUAAUUCCACGAAAAUGUCUGCCAGUGCGGAAGAGCCAAAAGAUGUCGAGAUGACGGACGCCCAAGCGACGGCGGGAGCGGCGCAUGGCGAAAGUAGUGCGGUGGAAGAUACAGAUGAUGACUUUGUCGAUCCAGAUGCGGAGCCAAAGAUCAAUAUGCUUCCUGGCUCGACAGAUACCGAAGCGUCGUUCCAGUUCGAUAAGGAAGAUCAUACGUUAGGAAACGCUCUGAGAUGGAUCAUCAUGAAAAACCCCGAGGUCGAGUUCUGUGGCUACACCAUUCCACAUCCUGCCGAAGCGAAGAUGAAUUUUCGGAUCCAGACAUAUGAUGGUGCCAAUGUCCGAAAGGUGCUUGAGAAGGGCUUGAAUGACCUGAUGGACCUCUGUGAUGUUGUCAUCGACAAAUUCACUAUUUCAAGGGAUGAGUUCAAUGAUCAACAGGAAUAG